AUGUUCGAUGGAGCGCCAUGUGAGCGCCGCCAUGAAAUGCAAUUCCAGAGCUUUGUGGAGCGCUACGUGGCCACGUUAUUUGCCCAAUGUCGGCAGAUAGCCACCGUCUUCGAAACUGGAGAUGGGCCAAAAGUGGCCAAUGAAAUUCCAAGAGCUGGAAUUGCACUUCCAAUUUUGGACUUCGAGUCCAUCAGUCUCGAUGAGAAGGACGCCACAAGUUCUAUGGCUCUUGCGACUCUUGGAGCAGAACUGGAGCCAGAUGUCCUGCCGCCACAUGGCCCCAUGCCCAGUGCCCCCAGUGCCCCGAGUGGCCCGAGCCGCCGCCCCACCAGACCAGCUGGGCCGAAGAAAAGCUCCAUGCCGCCAGGGCCAUGGAGCAUGCGGGAGUCGGAGGCCAGUCGUCUGCAGCGCAUUUUGGACGGCGUGGCGUCGCCUUCCUUUCGCCGCUCCCGUCAUGGCACCUCCAGCCGGGGCGACAGACCUGAAGCCAGGAAUAGUCCUUCCAAGGACUAUGUCAGGAGGAACUCGAUCAGGAGAGCCUCUUUCACCUCGGCAUCUUCUGUGAUGUCGUGCUUCAGGAUACCCGGUCGAGGCCAACUUUCCAGCCGACAACGGUUCACAUCCGCAGACUCCCUGGUGAAGGAAGACAAAUCUGAAGAAGAAGGAAAGAGAUCCAAAUCCAUCUUUGCCUUGCCGGGUGAAGAAGAUGAUGGUUCCAAAGUCCGCCUCACAGUGAUUGGCAGUGAGAAGUGCUUCUGCAGUGGAGUUGGGCCAAGUGGGAUUCUCCAGAUUGGUUUCCAUGAUUUUUGUGGUCUCAAUUUCAACCACUGCAGCAUUGUGUGGCUCUACAGCCGUUUCCCCUGCACGUGGAUCGCCACGCAGCAGCGCGAAGCGGGUCAUGUGGCUUUUGCGAAGCAUUUCGGGCAAGGCAACGCCGAGCACUUCAACCUCGGCGAUGCGGCCAACGAGGAGUUGGAAGCUGAAUACAACUUCGAUGCUUUCAACAAGGCCCUGGGCCAGCUUGAGGUCGGCUUAAGAGAGGUUCGAGAGUCUCUCAGCAAGCACAUGGUGUUGUGUUGGGCUGUUUGGUUCAACCAGUAUUGGAAUGGUGUGCUGAUCAAAUGCCUGAAUUUGGAAGGCACAGCCUGGCUGCAGCAGAUGAUCCAGAAGCAGGAGCAAGUGAUUGCUCAAGCGCUUCAGGAGGUGUCCGCCCCAGAUGCGCCUGAGAAUCCUCUGGUCCGGCAACUGGAGUGUUACGAGGCCUUGUACUUCCAAGUACAAAGAGCAUGGCAUUUGUCCUUGAAGAGCACGAGCGAUGCCUGCGAUGCCUCAACAGCCGUGAUUUUUUUCACCUUUAGUCGCCGAGAGCUGACUGAUGCGCUGGAGGAGUCCAAGACUUUGGAGUCGCAACUCAGCCAUGACUUGGCGACCAGUCAGCAGCAGCUAACAGAGGCUGUGGCUCGGAUCUCGCAGCUCGAGUCCGAAAGUGCAGCUGCAUUGCGACAAACUGUCGCCAGGCAACGCAAGAAACCGAACUUGCAGUCCGACUCUCAGAGCAUUCAGUUGAGCCGGGCAAGUUGCAGCUCCGAGUGGCAAGAGUUGAAUUGGAGUGGAAUUUGGCAAGCAUUGAAGAAGAAAGGCAACGGACUUGGAGAAGUCCAGGUAUUCCAAAGUGUAGUUGACUUUGGCCGAAAGAUUCCAACCAAACAAGGUCAGGGCGCCCUGAGCUCAGAGACCAUGAUUUUCUCAGUUGAGCAAGUUGAGCAAGGCGCAGGUCGGUACACCAGCAAAGGCUACAGCAAGGCAAAACGAUGCCAAGCACAAGAAGUCAACAAGAGCAUGGAGGCCAAGUUCUUGGAACGUUUUCGCUUGGCUAAGGAGGACGAUAUGGAAACAGCAGUGCCACAAACCUCCACCAAUGUGCUGUUGCUUCACCAGCUGGCAGCCAUGGUAGCCUUGUCAUUUGAUGAUACGCGCCUCGCAAAAGCCGCCUUCGACAACCAGGACACCCAACACAAAGGCUAUCUCGAGUUGGAAGACUUUGUCCAGGCAGUUCUGGAGAUUCAUCAGACCAUCAAUGUGACCUGUACAACGGCUACGAUGGUCCAAUGUGAACAUCUUUGUGAUUCAACUUUCCCAGCGGAUGAAGGUUCUACGACCAUCGACUUGGUGCAAUUCUUGCAGUGGUAUUCCAACUACAGCUUCCACGAAAGCCUGCUGCUAGCACCGGACAUGAGGGAUCUUCGGCGCCUCAGCCGUCAGUAUGGAAUCCCUUGGGAAGAAGUGCACAACGUCAAACGUCACUUUGACGCGGUGGAUACAGAUGGAUCAGGAGAAAUUGAUUUCGAGGAAUUUUCAGAAGUCCUGCGGAAAGUCCUCCAGGUGGCGCCAGAUUUGGAAUUGCCGCCCAAUCGUGCAAGGCACUUUUGGAAGCAGCUUGAUACCGACGGAAGCGGCAAGGCUGACUUCUCCGAGUUCCUCCCCUGGUGGCUGAAGUAUUUCCACCAUAAGGAUGGGAAGAAGAUGCUGGUCAAGCCAUUUGAGGAUUUCUAUCGGAGUGUUCGCAACUUGAAGAAUCCAGAUCCCCCUCCGUUCAAAAACAAGAUGGGAAAGAGGAUGGUGUUUGGGCAAUUCGAGGAUCCAGCCAAAGGAGCACAACGAGCGACAGCCGAAAGACGCAUCUCAGCUAUCUUGACCGAAAGGCGAAUGAGUUUGCGGAAGAACUCCGAUGCCUAGUGGCACCUUGAGACUGAAACUAUUGUGAGGUUUGUGGUACCGGUUUGACAACUAUUUGGUUUCCAUAUUGCAGAAAUCAAAGGUAUAACGUAGCACAGUUUCACUAUCCUGUUUCACCUUGGAUGAAGUGCAAUACCUUGCAUUUUCCGCAAUUGCAGAUGGACUCCGUGAAAAAAA